UAGCUGAUCAGGAGAUCUGAGCCCUUUGCAGCAGCAGCAGCAGCAGCAGCAGCAGGAGGCGGCGGCCGAAGCAGCAGCCCCGAUCCUGCCCAUUUUGACAGCUGCUGGGCCGGUUGCUGCUGCUGCUGCCGGAUCGGUCUCCUUGCGCGCAGGGAUGCGGCGUUGUGGCCAUCUGUGAGCCGGAGGGAAGAAAGGAGGUUAUGGUUCAAACCGGGUUAUUUCUGUUUGGAGAAAGCGAAGCGAAGCGGUGGAGGGACACUGAGAAAGCCAAAGACUGCCUUGUGUGAGAGAGUAAUUGGCUGGAAUUGGAACCCUGCAAUUUCCGUGGCCAGGAUGUUCCGUUUGGUGGCUCUCCUGCUGCUCUUCGUGGUCUUCCGGUUAUUCUUGGACCUGCCCUGGAUCCAGGUGGUUCCAGCCCUCCUGAUAUUCUAUUUGGGCUCCGGCGGGUGGAAGUUCCUUCGGAUCUUUGUCAAGACGAUCAAACGGGACGUCACGACUGGGAGUAUGGUUGGCUUGACCCGACUGAAGAUUUGGUGGUACGUGAGGCACAAGUACACCAUCCCUCAACUCUUCCAGCAAACGGUGCGCAAAUAUCCGGAGAAGGCUGCCCUCAUUUUCCAGGGGACGGGCGAGACCUGGACCUUCCGAGACUUGGACAACUACUCCAACCAGGUGGCCAACUUCCUGUACGGGAAGGGCUUCCGCUCCGGGGACGUGGUGGCCUUGUUUAUGGAAUCCCGCAACCAAUAUGUCGGCCUCUGGCUGGGCAUGGCCAAGAUCGGGGUGGAGGCGGCGCUCUUGAACUCCCACGUGCGGCAGGAGUCCUUGCUCCACUGCAUCAACGUCUCCCAGGCGAAGGUGGUGGUGUUUGGCAGCGAGUUGGCCGAAGCCAUGCAGGAAGUCCAACCUUCCCUUGCGAAAUCUGUCCAUCUCUUCUGUUCUGGAGACUGGGUCACGGAAAGAGGCCUGCCUGGCGUAGAACACCUGGAUCCGUUGAUUGAAAAAGCAUCUCGCCAACCGCCGAAUCCACCAGACAAGGGAUUCUUAGAUAAACUGUUUUACAUCUACACGUCAGGCACAACGGGCUUGCCCAAGGCUGCGAUCAUCGUGCAUUGCAGGUAUUUCCGCAUGGCGACCCUGGUGUUUAACGGCUUCCGCAUGACUCCCGACGAUGUGGUCUACGACUGCCUCCCCUUGUACCACUCGGCAGGUAACAUAGUUGGGAUAGGACAAUGCAUCUUGCAUGGAAUGACCGUAGUUAUCCGGAAGAAGUUCUCAGCUUCUCAGUUCUGGGAAGACUGUGUGAAGUACAACUGUACGGUUGUGCAGUACAUCGGGGAGAUUUGCCGGUAUCUCUUGAACCAGCCAUUACGGGAGGUGGAACGGAAGCACCGGGUACGGAUGGCCUUGGGCAAUGGCCUGCGAGCCUCCAUUUGGAAGGAGUUCAUGGAACGCUUUGGCAUCCCCCAGAUUGCCGAAUUUUACGGCGCCACGGAAUGCAACUGCAGCGUGGGCAACUUUGACAACAAGUUCGGAUCUUGUGGCUUCAACAGCAGACUUUUCCCCAACAUUUACCCCAUCAACCUAGUCCGAGUGAACGAGGACACGAUGGAGCUCGUCCGGGGACCAGAUGGACUCUGCAUUCGCAGCAAAGCAGGGGAGCCAGGUCAGCUGGUCGGACGCAUCAUCCAAAGCGACCCUUUGCAGCGCUUUGAUGGCUACUUGAACAAUGAGGCCAACACUAAGAAGAUAGCGCAGAAUGUCUUCAGCAAAGGCGACUCAGCCUAUCUCACAGGUGAUGUGCUAAUCAUGGAUGAGUUGGGUUACAUGUACUUCCGGGACCGCACCGGAGACACUUUCCGCUGGAAGGGUGAGAACGUCUCCACAACGGAAGUGGAGGGGACGCUCAGUCGCAUCUUAAACAUGACCGACGUUGUGGUCUACGGGGUCGAGGUGCCAGGCACUGAAGGGAAGGCCGGAAUGGCUGCCAUAGUUGACCCUGACCACUCCUGCAACUUGGAGAUAUUCGCCGAUGAAAUGAAGAAGGCCCUGCCUGCGUAUGCACGGCCGAUUUUCCUGAGGCUGCUCUCAAAAGUGCACAAGACAAGUACCUUCAAGUUCCAGAAAAUGGACCUGCGGAAGGAGGGAUAUGACCCCAAUGUGGUGAAGGACAGGCUUUAUAUCUUGGAGUCAAGACAAUGCCGGUACUCUCCGUUGACCGAGGAGGUCUUCAAGAGGAUCCAGUCAGGACAGGCGAAGCUCUAAGAGAGAAUCCAAGUUUUUGGGUGGCUGCAAGGCCUCUGUCUAGGGUGCGGACCAGGGUUACGAGGGAAGGGGAGAGCCAGAAACGGUUAGAUAUUUAACAAAAGGCACAGCAAAUUUGGGCGUUGUUUGGUCGGUUAGUUUUCGUUUCUAUCAGGUUUUACAGAGGAUGGUGGCAUGAAAGGUGAGGGAGACGGUUGUGCAUACCAAAGCAUAGAAACAUUAUGGCUUUAUUUUUUACUUCAUGGAAACGGUGAAACCACCCUAGCAGGGGAAACAAGAGUGAGCAUGCUACAUCACUUUGCCAAAAUCCGAAAUCUCGUCCCCUGGGUUUCCUCAGCACCCUUUUUCCUCUUUUCGUUUUGUUCCGCCAAGCCGUCUUCAAGACCAACAAGGGCUGCGCUGCUUCGUAGCGCCUCUAAGAGGCGCUGUGGUGCUUUCAUUCCCUGCCCACCAGGCCCGCGAUGAUGGCUGAAGGCGAUACCUUGUGUUAAAUUUCGCCAACCCUUUUUUCCAGGGUCCGUCCUGGAAAACAAAACAGAAACAAAAAAAGGUUGCAAGUUCUUCUUUCUUUUUUACAUUGGGAGGCACGGUCUCUUUCCUUCUAGCUGCUAAAAUGCUAUCACUACUUCUCAGAAUGGGCAGAGGGCGGUGUUGGGAAUGCAUUUCUUUCAUGACUUCAACUUUUAUUUUUUCCAGGGAAAUUCUUCGUUUCUACUUUUAUAACUGGACAUUUAUUUGUGCACAUGUGUGUGUGUGUGUGUUGUAAUUUAUUGCAGGUUUUUUUUUUAAAAAAAAGAAAAGAAUUUAUUGCAGGCUUGCAAUUCUGUCUAUGGUUGCAAGCAGGGCCGGAUUUCGCCAUUCCGUAGAGUUGUCCUCCUGAUAACGCCACGUUUCGUUUCUCCUAUGUAAACACGGCUGCCUUCGUGCCACUUCUUCUCCUGGGGAUGGGGCGGGGAGGCUUCAUAAAGCUCAGAGGCAAAACGCGCUGAUGGUCAAUUCUUCGAUUUCUGCGCCCGGUAGUUGCGUCCCCCUAGGAAACCUCCCUGCCCUUGUAAAUGUUCCUAGCUGCUGCUUAUGCCUCCUGAGUUUUCAGAAAGAUGAACAUCUGUGCAUGACUUUUGCUUUCGUUUCUUUAAAUUUUACUCUGAAGUGAUUUGUAGGAGCAGAGGCUGUGUAAACCAGGAAACCGCUAUUUGGCUGUGUAAACCAGUGGUCCAACUAGAGUUUGCAGGGAGUGCUGCAAUGUAUUGUUCACCAUAUACCCAUGUGACUACUCUUGGCUGAAUGUACACAGUGCACAUGUGAUCCCAUUAAAGUAUCCCCUCCCAGAGGAGCGGUUUGAUGCAGGGCACAUGUGGGCUGGGAGCCUUAGAUGCAUGUAGGAUGGUGUUGGGGCAUGGUGGCCACCGGACACUGCCUCAGGUGUGCAGAAGGCUACGCCCGGCCAUGCGCUGUGCUUAAUUUCUUAUGCUGAGGGGACAUUGAAAGCAGCACCUGCUUGGGUGUGAGCUAGCUGCCAGAUUACCCCAUUUUGGGAAGGAGGGGAGCACCAGAUGCGCCAUUCAUGCAACGAUUCUGCGUCAUUAUUUAGACACGGAAAUGAAUUGCAGGAACCAUCCCGUGACUGUGGAAAACUGGGCAGCUAGUUCACAACUCCCGGAAGUGUCACUCUGAACAGGAAUGGGUCGGCUUUACGUCCAGAUGACAAGCAUUUAAUUCUUCUGCUCCGUGAAGCAUGUUACCCGCAUGCACCAAUUGAGUUUUUGCACACCUGUCUGAAAGAGGUCAGAGUCCAGGGGUGUGGUGGAGCACAUGGUUGAGUGCAGCUUCAGUCUUUACAGACAGUGCAAUGUGCUGACAACGUACGGCAACUAUUUAUAUCUUAACAGUAGCUUUGUGUGGGAGCGAAUCCUGGCAUGAGAAUUUGUAGGGACGCAACGGUUAUGGAAUCUAGGGCUUGUGCCGUAAUGCCUUAAGGCAGGUGCCUGACCUACUUCCUUUUGAUAACCUUGAAGGAAAGCUGUUGCUACACUGCACCUUGGCAAAUGUUUGACUAAAGUUCUCUGGCAACAUUAUUUUUUUUUAAUGUUGCUUUGCGAGUGGGACAAGCAGGUUUCAGAGUUCAACAGGAGGCCGUUAAGGCUCAAAAUGGACCGUUUUUUUCUCGAAACGCAUGGCCUUUCUGACUCCCCGCUACCACCACCACAAGGGCAGAAACAGGUCGUUUCUUUCGAGGUCAGGUUCUCCUAGCGGGCAACAUCUUGACCAGCGGAUCCCACAGAAUGGGACCAGUAGAACAAACAGAGUGAUGCUUGCAUGACUGGACCAAACUGCACACUGAAUGCCAGAAGAAGAAUUCUGUGUGAUUCGAAAGCUUGCUUCCAGCGAUUUAAAACACUGGCAGGUUCUGAUCAAGCUGUCACUUCCUUUGCUUUGUGACUCUGUGGGGCAGGUUGUGUUGUAGUUGCUUGGACAACUCUUCCUCGCCUCUGGAUUCCAUUUUGUUUGUGUCUAUGUGUGUCUGCCUGUUUUGAGUUGCAUCUGGAAGAUCACAAACCUCCCUUCCGGGUUUCCCCAGCUGGACUUUCUGUCAGGUAUCAGGGCACGGCUUGCAGUUUUGAAGUUUUCACCUCUUUUGCAAGGUCCCCAUUCCGAGGAAGAAGUAAAACCAAACGAAGGGGCAGAAUCAAGGGCUGUUUUCUGUGUGGUGGGUUCUGCCAGGCUCCAUCUCUUCUGUCUCCUUGCCUGGUCCCAUGCCUGGGACAGUGCUCUUCCAACUAGAGAUCACCAUUUUGUUGUUCGGAUUGCCAUUCCCCUCAGAAAUGUUUCGGGUAAACUUCAUAAGAACAUCAGAAGUGCCCGGAUGCUGGAUCAGACCAAGGGUCCAUCUAGUACCGCAACCUGUUCACACAGUGGCCAACCAGCCACCAGCCAGGGAUGAACAAGCAGGACAUGGUGCAACAGCACACACACCCCAUCCAUGCUCCCCAGCAACUAGUGCACACAGGCUUAUUGCCUCAAAUACUGGAGGUAGCACACAACCAUCAGGGCUAGUAGCCUUUGAUAGCCUUUGCCUCCAGGAAUUUAUCCAACCCCCUUUGGAAGCCAUCCAGAUUGGUGGCCAUCACUACAUCUUGCGGUAGUGAAUUCCAUAAUUUAGCCAUGCCUGUGUGAAGAAGCCCUUCCUUUUAUUUGUCCUGCAUCUCCCACCCAUCAGCUUCAUGGGAUGACCCCACUGGGUUCUAGUAUUUUGAGAGAGGGAGAAAAAUGUCUCCCUGUCCACAUUCUCCACACCAGGCAUAAUUUUGUACACCUCUAUCCGGUCUCCACUCAGCCUUCUUUUUUCCAAGCUAAACAAUCCCAGUUGAUGUAACCUUCCCUCCUAGGGGAGAUGCUCCAGCCCCUUCAUCAUUUUAGCUGCCCUUUUCUGCCCUUUUUCCAGCUCUAUAAUAUCCUUUUUUAGGUGUGGUGACCAGAACUGUACACAAAUAAGGUCUUCCCAACCAAACUCAAGUUGUGCCUCUCCUGUAGGCCAAAUGCCAGUGGAUGCAGCGUGAGGGGUGUAUAUAUGUGCGUGUGAGGGAGUUUUUUCUUUCUCUAGCUCAAAUGAUACUGGCGUUGGAUGGUAGAUGGUGAAACCCAGGCUUUGUCCACAAGGGCAGUGUUAGUUCUGGGGAUGCAUUGCUUAUAUGAACAGUUCACACAAGAAUAGGACUAUAUUAAGAUUUUCUCCUUCCUAGACACCCCCCUGAGCAUGACUUAAUUGCAGCCACCUUGGCAUUGUGUGAUGCACCCACAUGCUCCAUAGUCAUCGAAGCACCCAAAGAAGAAGGACUGCAAACCUUACUCUUGUCUUGAUGGAUGGAUGGAUGUGUACUGGCCCAAGACACUUUGAUGGCUGGAGUAGGAAAUUUAAAUGGUACCCCCCCCAAAAAAAAUCCUUUCCUAGUAAUUGUCCUGAACGAACAGAAGAGGCCAAAACUGAAUGAACAGAAGACUCUGCAAUGCCCUUGCCCUCUGAAGCUGUUUUAUUGUGUGGUUUGCUGUAGUAAGGAUUGCCAGAUCCAGUACGGCUCAGGGACUUGGUAGUACCCGCUCUGCCAAGCCAUGGUUAAGGAAGAUUAACGAUGGGUUGGUGUGAUGUCUGAAUCGAGAACCCAUGGUUUACAUUCUGAACUGGCUUCUGGACCCAUGGUUUGGUUGGCAAACUGGAAUGAGAAACCCUGAUUCAUAGAAUUGUGGAGUUGGAAGGGACCACAAAGACCAUCUAGUCCAACCCUCUGCAAUGUGCAGGAAAACCAAUGAAACCAUCUAUGAGAGGUGGCUGUCCAGCCUCUUCUGAAAAACCUCCAGAGAUGGAGAACCCACAACUUCCGUAGGUAGACUGUUCCACUCUUGCAUAGAUCUUACUGCCAGGAAGUUUUCCCUUAUAUUUUAUCGAAAUCUAGAGAGCUGUAACUUACACCCGUUAUUUCGGGUCCUAAUUUCUGUGGCCAUGGAAAAUAGUUCUUGACCAUCCUCCCUGUGGCAUCCUUUUAUGUACCUGAACACUGCUUACAUGUCUCCCCUCAGUAUUCUUUUCUCCAGACUGAACAUCUCAAAUUCCUUCAGUCUGUCCUCAUAGGACAGAUGAUGUUGAAGCGUCAGUGUCAUCAUUUGGUGUGGGCCCUCUCUUUUUUUAUUCCUCUGAGCAGUGCCCAUUUUCGUUUCCCACAAUGCCCCCAGCUAACGUCGCUCUGCGGCAUUGUGGGAAAUUUAAAGGAGGGGGGGGUAGAUCCAGCUGCCUUGUGCUGCUCAGCGCAGUGUCCCACAGCCGAGUAAGCCCACCAGGGCUCGCUGACAGAGGAGGUAUCCCUGCCAGAGGACAUUUUGCCCAGGCCCUUACUCAUACCUGAAACCAGCCUUGGGUGCCUCAUUUGUGAUUCUAAUGCGCUUUUCUAUCUUUCCAAACAAAUCCAUUGGUGUGUGUUUUUAAUGUGUGCAUUGGGGUAUGGAGGAAGACGGUCUCUUUUUUUUUUUUAUGUUGAUGCUUUUUCAACAUCUACUCAGGGAACAUGGUGCUGUCGGUGGUAUCUAUGUGUCUGUAUAGGGAGGGAGAAGAGGGGCAUUUUAACACUAAUCCAUGAAUGGAGAAACCUGACUCGUCUUUUGCCUCUGAUGCUUUGUCAUUAUCAGCACACGACAUUUUCUGUUAUGCCAAGACAUCGUGGCUUGUAAUUCCUGCGAUGGAACUAGGGAAGAAAAUGGAAUCUUCGCAUCUAAUAAAAGAGGAUUUCAAUUUUG